AUGAAUGGUCCUGACUGGAAUGGUACCGAGCGUAAAGAGUAUUAUCGAGGCCUUCCGCGCAAAAUCUCUGACUUUUGCCGUUUUCUUGUUUUUCAUCAAACUGCGGAACCCGGAAAUCUAUUCUCCUCAUUUCUACUUGUCGUGAUGGCCACGCAAGCUGUGAAUUUUGCCACCUACAUUUACAUUACGGGAGUUACAUGGUUGGCAAUGCUUUGGUAUUACCAGGAGGACCCGCCACAUUUCGUCCUAUUCUUCCCGUUCUACAUCGUAUUGGCCUGUGUAUUGUGGGGCGUAACCAACAUUGUGAAGAAAGUAUACGAUUUUGAUGAUUGUGUUUCGGCUCGUGAAGAACUGCUCGGCGAGAUCGACGAGGCAAGGAAGAAUAUGAAGUGCCUGAAGAAAGAC